AUGAUUAAUUUUACUAUUCAAAAGGAAGAAGUCGACCAAACUCUGAUUAGUUUUCUUAAAAAAAGGUUUAGAACUACCCCGUUAAGUCUAAUUUAUAAAUUAUUCCGAACCAAAAAGGUAAAAAUUGAUGGAGAGAAUAUUCGUUAUUAUCACCACCGUUUAAAAGGAGGAGAAAAAAUUGAAAUCCACGACAAUUAUCUCCAAUUGUCUAAUCAAGUCAUUUAUCCUCUUUCUCAUUCUAAGUUAUAUUUUGAAGUGGUUUAUGAAGACCAACAUAUUUUAAUUGCUCUCAAAGAGCACGGAAUAACCAUGCCUAGUUUAGACAAUGCGGUCAGAAAUUAUUUAUCGGAAAAAAACCCGGUGGAAUAUCAGCACCAAAUUGCUAAUUUUUUUGUCUUGAUUGCCGCUCACCGACUGGACAAGUUAACUAAAGGCUUGGUGAUUUAUCCUAAAAAUCCGCCCGCUAAAAAAGUUUUAUAUAAGGCAAUGGCUGACAAAAGCCAAAUAACUAAAAAAUAUUUAGCAAAAUGCGAAACUACUCACCAAAUACUACCUAAUUAUGUUAGCGCCAAGUUUUGUGCCUUAGAAAUAAAGCAGGUUGCUAAAAAAACCCCUUAUCAAACCUUAGAAAUUACCUUGCAUACUGGUCGCAAGCAUCAAAUUAGGAGUAUUUUAGCUUAUUUAGGCUGUCCGGUGGUUGGUGAUAAAAAGUAUGGCAGCCAAAUAGAAAAUAAAAAUAAGAUUUGUUUGUUAGCCUAUAAAAUAGGGUUCAAUAAUUUACCCUCGCCCCUGGCUUAUUUAAACGGAAAAGAGUUAGAAAAUAAUCAGGACAUCGAGUUAAAAACUGCUCCAGAGUAUGUGGUUGGUUAUUUAGUAGAAAAGUUAAGGAAUAAAGAUUUAUCUUUGGUUGCCAAAAAGAAAGUGCUGGGAGUGGGAGUAGGAAGAGUGAGUGAUAGUGAGUAUUUACAAAAUGAUGCAGUUGGAAAAUGUGGAGAUUUUUUUCGGGAUCAUGAUUUUAAAUAUUAUGAAACUGAGGAAACGCUCAAAGAAAUAGGGAAAAUCGAAUACACAAAAGUGAAAAUAAUAGAAAAGAAAAAUGAUGAAGAACUAGCCAAAACUGAGAAAGAAAAUUUAAAAAACCCAGCACCGACAAAUAAUGAUGAUGCUGAUUGGAAGAAAAAAUUUAUUGGUGAUAUUGAAAUGGAUCUGAUUAAGAAAAAUAUUUCACAAGAAAGAUUAAAUGUGAUAAGUAAAUUAGAGUAUGAAUAUACUUGUGCUAAUUGUGGAGUAAAAAAAGAAGAAUAUACGACUCAUAGAGUUGGAAGCAAGAAAUGUUGCUCUUCUGAUUGUAAAAAGGCAUUGAAAGGUGAAAAUAAGGGAGUCGAUAAAGAUGAUGCGAAGGAAAUAAAAAAAGAACUGCAAGAAAUUAAAGACUAUUUAAAAAACCACAACGAGAAUGCUAAUGAAGGAGGAGUAGUUAAUAUUACUUUAAGUAGUGAUAAAUUAGUGGUCGAAUUCAGUGGUAAAAAAACGAAGAUAAUGGAGGAAAGCGAGUUGAAUUCCGAGCAGAGAAUGGUCAAAAAUUAUCUGCAAGGCACUUCUGGAAAGAAAUCAAUUGAUCGCAGCGAAUUGGAGAAAAUGGUUAGCGGCUAUAAUGAGCAAGGAGGAAAUAAACAGCCAAAUGGUGGCAAUGGUGGAAUAAUAGUGGCCAUUGUGGCAGUUGGUCUAAUUUUAGCCUUUGUGAUUGGAGCAGUGGUUUACAGCAAGAAUAAGAAAAGAGAUUAUUAA